GCGCAGUGUUUUGACUUUUUGACAGCUGUAUUUUGUAAUUCGGAAAUCACUGACUAAAGUAGUUUUUAGAAAAUAUAAAAAUCAUGUUCGUCGGCGAUUGAUAACAGAAAAACGUAUCCAAAAAACAUUACAAAUAUAGUUAUUUUUCAUUUUACAAUUUUGAGCUGAAGUGUUAUUUCGAGACGAUAUUAAAUUAUUAUUUAAAGUAAAUAAAAUAUUAACAAUUUUUAAAAUUUAUUUGAAAAAUUCACAUUCACGAAAUGGACGAAGAACAAACUAAAUUAUGUCCGAAUUGUAAACGUGAAAUUCCGAGUACAAACUUCACGAUACAUUCAGUACACUGUGCUCGGAACAUAGGAGUCUGUCCUGUGUGCAAGGAGCCUGUACCAUUAGCUGAUCUGCAGAAGCAUCAUGAUGAACUACAUAAACAGCUUCCGUGUAAGCAGUGUGGGGAUAGUGUCUGCGGAACGGACUUGGAAGACCACAUCAGAGACUCGUGUGCUCAAACCAUCAAAACAUGCAGGUUUUGUGAGUUGGAGUUGCCUCGUCGCGAGCUGCCGCCCCACGAGAACUACUGCGGCGUCCGCACCGAGCAGUGUCCCGACUGCAGGGAGUGGGUCAUGAUCAAAUACAGGCAGCUGCACCUGGACUCCAACCAUGGCUUCAUCAGACUCGACGACGACCCUCCCCCUGCCUCAAGGCUGUUGCCCAGAUUGCCCAGCACCAGGCCGAGCGCGGGUCCCGCCAACGGCGCCGCGCGGGUCUCCAUAUUCGACAACUACGUGAAGAAUAUUAAUCUCGGCACCGGGGACUGCGAGAGCGCGGGACCAGUCCCCGGAGGCUCCGGGGCGAAGGCUCCCUUUAAGAGGAAAAACGAUCAGCCUCAGAUCAACACUACCGUGGAGACCACCAAUAAAGUGUGGAAGGAUCUCUCCAUAUCCCGGGGGGCAGUGAAGAAGCGUCCCGCGCCCGCGCCCCCCGCCCGCGCCGCCCCCCCGCCCGCGCCCCCCUACCUGUGCGCGGUGCAGCGCCAGCAGCGCGAGCUGGCCGACAGGGAGGAACAGAACGCUAUCAACUUCGCAGCCGGGCUGCCCCCGGUGUCCAGCGCGGCCGCGAGGGUGGACAAGUUGCGGGCCCUGGACGCUCUGCUCAACCGCGAGAAUAACAACGUGGAGCUCCGCAACCGCGACCCCCGCCCCCGGCCCCCCGCCGCCUGCGCGCCCCCCGCCCCCUGCGCGCCCCCGGGCGUCAAGAACACGAACUCAUUUCUUUCGCACAACAUCAGUCCUAAACAUUUAAAUUUCGCGCAAACUUCAGCACCUCGACUAGAAAAACAAUUGAACGUGUCUCGAAAUACACCGGGGCCCCCCUCCGGCGACGCGGGCCACUCUGGAGCGCCACUGAACAUUAACCCCCUCAGCGCCGGCCGCGGGCGGGGGCCGACCUCAAACGGCUUCGCAUCGAAUGUACCAGCAGCGACGCACAAAGUCUCGAAUGUGACCCAAACGAUUCCAACAGCCGCAGCCGGUCCUUCGUGUCCCGUACCUGGGACGGCCCGCUAUGUGCCAGGCGCAACGUCCAACGGGUCACUAACGAUCAAAAACACGAAUUUAACCGGCAAUGAUCCGCUAGAAGUGGAGCGGCGGCGGCAAGAGUUCCAGGACCUCAAGCCCAUGACACCUGAGGAGUUCAUGGAGAGAUUCAAGAGGUUUCGCAUGAGGGACGAAGAGAACGCGACCAAGGGCGAGGACAGGAUGAGCGAGAUCAAGUCCUCUCUGAGGGAGCUGCGGAGGGAGCUGAACGAGGUCACGGCGCCGUACAACGCGCCCCCCGCGCCCCCCGGCCUCGGCGGCGCCGCCCCGCCCUCCCCCCCGCGCUCCCCCCCGCUGUCCCCCCCGGACGACGUGGAGCUGCCCUGCGAGUUCUGCGCGGCGCCGGUGCCCAUGAACCAGCUCGUGCUGCACCAGACCGGCUGCCGCCCGGACUUGGCCCAGCUGGUGCGGCGCGCGCCGGUCCGAGCCGAGCCGCGCCGGGACGAGCCCGUGAUCCCGUGCGAGUUCUGCACGGAGUCGCUGCCGGUCUACCUCAUCAGCGAACAUCAGGAGCGCUGCGGCCGCGACGCCGACCUCAUGUACCCGGACUAGUCACCGCGCAAUGUACUGUGUAUACUUCUAGUCUUCCCUUGUCUAUGGUCAAUGUUUGUCCUUCGAACCGCCCCGCUCUGGCUGUGUACAGUCGCCAAGCACAUACUUAGUUCGUACUAAACUUGAAGACGCUUCAAACUUAUUAUUUUUAGUAGAAAAAAAACCUCUUAUAACAGCAGUCUUCAAAAGUGUGAAAAAAAAAUUCAAAUUGUAAAUUUUGUUCUUAAUGGGCUGAAGGUUAAGUUCCUUAUACAGAACCUUCACCCGUCUUUCUCGGCUGAUGCGACGAGGUCACGCGAGCGAAAAGGACGAACUAGUUUCUUUCAUUCGCCUAAUAAAUUAUCUUCAAUGAAGCUCAAAUUGUUUAGUGGGUAAGUAUCGUUGAUCCUUGUGCCGAACUCGCAGUCAUUUUAAAUAUAUAUCAUACAUAGCUAGAGUUUUAUAUAACUGUUAGCAAUAUGUCGUGGGAUAAACUGUUUAAAUAAAUAAAGAAAAUAGAGAUCUGAAUUUAUAGUUUCUGAGUACUGAGCGUCCGUGAGCCUCGAGUGCGCUGGCGCAAACGACAAUGAGGUACUUUCUGGGUUAUUUAUCUAUUGAAUAUAAUGUUUGAAACUUAUUCAAGUCGAAGUUGACUCAAUCUAGUUAUGGCGCUCCGAUGAUCCGAGGUACAGAUAAUCUACAAAAUUUAAUUGACUUAUCAACACAAUAGUUACUUAAUUCAACUAAAAAUUAAAAUGUUCGCUACAUUUUUAAAUAUGUAUAUGUUUUUUUUCUUUCUUUUAAAUACUACUCCGUAUUCCAAUCAUUUUCGAAAUAAUUAUUAGCUCCUGAGAAUUUUAAUUUGCAAUUGAAUACUAAAUAUUUGUUGCCAGAAGACAAAUACAUUUUUGGAGAACAAUAAUAAACUUUAGAUUUAUUGACAGCUAAUUUAACCGCGAAAAGACGUCGCCAUCUUGAUUCUCAAAUCGACAAUGAUGCAUUUGUAUAGUGCAUUUGAAAAUGUAUAAAAUUUAAGUCUGAAUAAGUUGAAAACGUAAUGGCAUAUCGGAAUAAUGCAGUGAAGAUUGUAAUUUUGCAAUUGUUAAUUACAGGACACGAUUUUUUUAAUAUUUUAUUAUUAUUUAUUUAUGUUUAUGGAAUAAAAAACAUUGAUUUUUAGAUAAAACUCCCUGUUUACAUUACAACAUGGUAUAACCUUCGAGCUGAUCACAGACCUACUUUUCAAAUAAUUUAUGAUUUUUCUCAAACAAAAAUAUGUGGACCGCUAGUCAUUUCAAAUCGUCACUGUCGUGUGUUUAACGCAUUUUUAUCAAUAUCUCUAUGUUUAGUGCGAGUUUCUCAACGUUUUCGAUAUCGUAAAAGUUAAUCUAACUUUGUAUGCAGUUGGAACAGCGCCCCUAGCGGCAAACGUACACAAACGAUCCCAUUCCAAACAAAUAUGAGCUAACUUUUACGCUAUCGAGAACGUUAAAAAACUCGCACUAAGCAAUUCAAUUUACAGAAACUAUACAUUGGCUCACAGCCCAAAAGACCAAAGGUAAAUGAUUUGUUAAUAAUAAUAUAAAAAGUGUUUCUUAAGCCUGCCAUAGUACCGACUGCUAGACAUCGCAGACAACAUAAAUAUUAAACAAUAAACGUUCUUUUUUACAAUACAAGCAUCUGCAAUAAUUAUCAAGGGUAAUUACGAAAAUUAUUAUAUUUAAUAUUGUAUUAUCUGGUUUUGGUAUGUGACAGUGGCGAACUGUUGAAAAGUAUAGCGUCUGUUCUAUAUAAAUCUCUAAUCAUAUAAAUCUAUAUAAAUCUAAAUAAAAUAGUGAGUUUAGUCUAGUAUUUAUAUUUCGCGUAUAAAUUGAAUCUUCAUCAUAAAGAUCUGUGUAAUAUCAUUUAGAUUGUAAGCUGUAGGUGUUUUUAUUCGUAAAACGACUGAUUUUGUAUUGGAGCAUUAUUGGACAACAUCCAAUUAGACAUCACCGAUUGAUAUCAAUACUCGCGCGGGUUCACACUGCACACUGUGCAGACUUCGCGUCCGGACCGUUUUUUUUUACCUACUUUAAGCUGAUAGCUUUGAGAGGCUAUUUCAGCUUCUUAACGUGUAGGUGAGCUCUCGAGGCUCAAACCGGGAGUAUUGCUAACAUUGGGCCUAGCAAGAGCAAUGCUUCGCAGAAUCUACCACCGGAUCAGAAACGCGACCCACUGAGAAGAUCCGGCGAGAAACUCAGUGGGCUGUGUCUGUGGGUUAAUUUACUCGUCGAGCCCUUCGUCACAAGCGACGGGUUCGGCGAGAACGGUGACCGGUGCUUGUGGUACCUAAAAGCACCGUUAAUGGAUCGGGAGGAUCCGUAAUGACGUGCUUAGGGCGAAGUCGACUGUUUACAAUUCUUUCCACAGGAUCGGGUAUGUAAGCCGGACCGGACGCGCGUGUCUAUUGAGUUAUACCGACGCAAACUAGCGGAUAUUUGUCGGAUCAUGGAUCCCCAGCUAAUGUUCGCGUUAUAAGAAAGAGAUAAAUCACCUUGUGCGGUUAAGUAUUGAGAUGAUCUCGUGCGCCUGUGCUAAAGAAUUCAUGGUUAUCGAUGUAUGUAGUAUGUACGUAACAAUAAUGUAUCAAUAUAAAAUUUUAAAACUAAUAUUGAUGUGUAUUCGUAACAUGUGAUAAUUGUAUAAUGGAUCAUAGAUUAAAUAAAAAUUUUGUAACCCUUU